GGGCGAUGACAUCAUGCCCGCCGCGGCGGUAGUGGGGGGUGCGGUUUUUGCUUCGGCUCGGCUCGGCUCGGCACGGCACGGCCAUGGGCCGGCAGCGGGUCCCGGGCGCGCAGGAGUGACCUGUCCGUGACGCUGGUGGGAGCCCAGCCGCAGACCACCAGGUGUGAGCGCCGGCCAGGUCCGUGGGACGCGUGACCCCGUUUUGGCCGCCCCGGUGCAGCGUGGCACAGCCCCUCCCCGCCGCCGUGAUGCCGAUCCUCAAGCAACUCGUCUCCAACUCUGCCCACUCCAAGCGGCGCUCGAGGGCCGACCUGACGGCCGAGAUGAUCAGCGCGCCGCUGGGGGACUUCCGCCACACCAUGCACGUGGGCCGGGCGGGGGACGCCUUCGGGGACACCUCCUUCCUCACCAGCAAGGCGGGGGAGCCGGAGGCGGGCGAGGAGCCGGGUGCCUCCAAACCCAGCCUGCUCUCCCGCCGCUUCCGCAGCAGCAAGCGCUCGCAGUCGGUGACGCGAGGUGACCGGCGGGACAUGCUGGGUUCGCUGCGGGACUCGGCUCUCUUCGUGAAGAACGCCGUCUCCCUGCCCCAGCUCAACGAGAAGGAGGUGGACAGGAGCGCGGGGCAGCUGCCCAAGAGCCUCUCCUCCAGCCCAGUCAAGAAGCUGCCCGAGGAGGUGAGCCCCGAAGAGCAGCAGCGCCCGAACGGGGCGGCCGCCGGGCCGCUGAGCCCCGGCUUGGACGAGCGCGACUUCGGGGACAUCACGGAGCUGCCCAUCGUGGUGGCCAAGAGCGGGGCGGGCAUGAAGCACGCAGAGUCCAUCAUGUCCUUCCACAUCGACCUGGGGCCCUCCAUGCUCGGGGACGUCCUGAGCAUCAUGGAUAAGGAGCAAUGGGAGCAGGAUGAAGACCCCGAGGCGGAGGAGAGCCAUGAGGAGGAGGCAGAUGCUGCCCUGCCCGGCUCCCCGGCGGCGGUGGCGGCGGCGGCGGCAGCCCCGCUGAGCCAGAGCCCGUCCCGCGGCACCGGCGGCCGCUGCCCCAGGGACAGCAGUUCGGCGUCCAGCUGCACCUCAGGGCCGGAGGAACGCAGCCCUAUCCCCGGGCCACCGAGCCACCGGGGCCCCCCGAAACGCCCCGACAAGGAGUUCUCAUUCGCUGAUGACGACGACGACGAGAUCAGAGUAUAAAAGGCGGGCGGCAGAGCCGAGGGGUCUGGUUCUCAUUUGUGGUUGCUUGGACACGGGGCCGAAUACCCUGGUGCUGCAACGGGUGGCACCGGGGAAGACUCAACUCCUCACUUGUUCCCUCUCCCCGUCCGACAGCGGACAUGCCGCGGCAGGACAGCGCUCUGUUCCCGGGGCAGCCCCGGCGCCUCUCGGCACCCGGAGAGCUCCAGCACAUCCUGGGAGGGGAAAGCGGACUUGAUUUCAGUUUUUUCUGUUGGACUUUGGAUAUUAGCUCUUUUCUUUUUUCCCCUCUGCCCAUGUAAAGCAAUAUAGGAUCAAACAAGAUGAGGCUUUGAAGUUUUAGCCCCUUUAGUAAUAUAUAUAUUUUUUUCCACCGUACGGUUUUUACUGCUCUCUGAUUUGUACCUAACUUUCUUUACUCUCACUUUUGGUUUUACUGGAGGGGAGAUUUCCCAUGAGGAAGGACUUGGCUCUGGAGCUCAGAGGGGGCCUGGGACCGUGGGUGGCUCCAGCUCCCCAGGUUUCUUGGGGACUUUCUGCAGACCAAGAACUUCCAGCCCCAUGCCGCGGUGGGGGCUCACUCCCUGUCCCUCGGAUGGAUGGAUGGAUGGAUGGAUGGAUCCAUCCCAGAUGCUUGACCCUCUCAACAGCCUGGGGGUCACAGGGAUGCCCCCCUGGCCAGCCCUGGUACCCACUGCUCCCAGGGAUGCUGAUGGGAGUGUGGGUCUGUCCCCCGUGGGGGGAACACCUGGAACCCCCCUGUGAGCCAGAGUGAGCCCCGGUGUCCUGCGUGCCAGGAGGCCACCGUCGUGGGGCCGGUCUGGCUGGGCAGUGCUGAUGCUGGCCUGGUGCAGGCGGUUGGAAGAGGAGGGUUUUAUACCAUGUAUGUACAAAUGCAAAGAAUAAAAGGAAAUGGUAGUGACA